AAAGCCACAGCUUCCACCAAAGAUGUCAAGUUACGGAUACAAAAGAGGAGAGCUCUGUGUUGGUCACAAAAAUGGUUACUUGGCCAUGUCACCCAGGUCCAGACCGGCCUGCGCAUGCUCAAACCGGCCCGGUUCGGUUCGGUGUACUCGUUGUGGGUAUGUAGUACCAGGGGAGAGGUUGAAAAUGCCUCAGGGAAACAAAGAGCUGUUGAGAAGGGCUCUGACUCCACCACCAACACGACGGAUAGGCCUUAGAUGGUUGAAUUUCAGACCAACCCCAAGCAGGCUCUCUAGCAUGUCCAUGGCUUGAUUUUCUU